AUGGCUUUCAAAUUCUCUCCCCAGCUCCAACUACAACUCCUCCUCCUCGCAGCUCACGUGAUCUCAGCACGUGAGCUUGGCAGCCACAGCCACAAAUCAGCCCAAUUUGUAUUCCCUCAAUGUCUUGAAGGAAGUCGCAAGGGCAACAACAUAGAAGGAAUUCACAACGUCAAGAUUUACCUUCACCGGUAUGGCUACUUGACCAAUGACAUUGAGACCGAUUACAACGUCUUCGACGAUGCCUUGGAAUCCGCCCUCAUAACAUACCAAAGAAACUACAGGCUGAACGUGAGUGGAGUAUUGGACAGGGAGACAUUGGCUGUAAUGUCGAAGCCCCGAUGUGGGCUUCCCGAUAUCGUCCAAAGCCACAACAACAAAAACAUUUCUCAAGCUCAUUUCACGUUCAUGCCAGGGCUUCCAAAAUGGCCAAAAUCCAAGUACCAUCUCACCUAUGGCUUCAUCAAAGACUUCCCGCCAAAGUUCGCAAUGGCGGUGAGGGAGGCAUUUGAGCAGUGGGAGGGGAACAGCGUGUUCACCUUCUCGCCCGCGACGCGCGUGCAGUCGGCGGACAUCACGUUGAGCUUCGAGAGAGGGGACCACGGCGACCCGUAUCCUUUUGACGGGCCAUGGGGAAAGUUGGCGCAUGCUUUCAGGCCGGGGGACGGGAGAGUUCACUUCGACGCAGACGAGAAUUGGGUGGUGGGGCCGCGGGAGGAUGCGUUCGACUUGGUGAUGGUGGCGCUGCAUGAGCUUGGACAUGCCCUCGGCCUUGGCCACAGCUUUAUUCAGGAGGCCGUCAUGUGGGCGUAUCUCGACCCCGGAGUCAGCAAGGGAUUGAAUAUGGACGAUAUUGUGGGACUCCAAACCUUAUAUAGCGAGAAAUGA